CCUCCACGUCGUUCUUCCCCUUCGAAGGCACCGCCAUUAGAAAGACUGACAUCCCGUAACAACAGAUAUAAGCUCGCUCUAUCUCUGCCUCGCUCCCUUAUCAACCCCAUACCCUCAUUCAAAACUCAAACCGAUCUAUUCUACUUGAAAACCAAAUCACCUUAUAAACCUCUUCACCAACGUAAUGUCUGACGAGAAACAACCUCUAGUGCCAAAGGGCGAGCACAGCGACUUCGACCCCACAACAGCCUCCUCCUCCACCGACCUCCCACCCUCCUACGACGCCGCUUCUUCCAGCUCCACCACCACCACCAGCAAACCCCAACCCCCUCACAAAGCCCCCACCCACCCUCCAAACACGCAACUCGCAACCCGGCCCCACCAUGCCCCUGAACUCGUCCCAUCCAACAUGUACCCCGGCAUAGCCGGCGGCUCGCCCCCCGCCUAUCCAAGCCCCGCCGACUACUACACCCACCACCCAGGCCCGCUCUACACCGUCCAAGCCAACGUACCCAUCAUGUACCAAGUCUCGGACGGCAUCGUCAUGGUCAACGUACGCGAGUCCCUCCGGAUGUACUGCCCGAGAUGUAACGCGAAUGUGCAGACGAGCGUGAGAGGCCGACCGGGGUUGAAGGCGUGGCUUUCGAGUGGGUUGCUGUUUUUGUUUUGCUGGCCGAUGGCGUUUGUGCCGCUGUGUAGUCCCGGCUGUCAGGACCAGGUGCAUAGGUGUAAGACUUGUAGUUCGGUGCUGGCUAUCGUUCCGGCUUGAGGGAUGCGCCGCGAGCAGGGUGUGGUAGUUGACGAUGUUAUGACGAGGAAGAUGUUAAUAUUUUGUACAUGCAAGUUAGCUUCGAAAACUUUGUUUUGUUGUUGCUCGUGAGGACUGAGACUGUAAUAAAUGUAGUUCUGAGAAGACCUCUGUUUGUCCGCACAAUGUCAAAGGCCCUUCCUCAUUGAGAACUCCUGGUGCUCCUGAAUCACCAUCUCAUGUUAUGGCCAGAUAUUCGCUAAAUUUCGACGUACAGAGCUCAAUGGUCAGACGUCGAUUUGUAUUCCGAAGCACUUUGACACUCACAUGACCGGGAUAUCCCAAAACGCCCUCAGCCGGCCUUCGGUGCGUGAAUGUACCGUCGUUGGCUCAUCAGCUUAGCGUCUCCAGCGGCAUAGUCCCGGAUCGCCGACUAUCAUGUAUGGAAACGGUC